CAACAUACAAUCAAACAAAAUUCUUUCUUUCCUCACUGUUUCACUUCACCGUCUCUCAGCUAGCAUGGUUACCAAAGCCCAGAAGAGUAAAAGAACAACUGGCAACUCUCUCCUCACUCGGUCAGCUGAUCUUGGGUGUCAGCUGAUUUGUGUUUAGACUUUGAAGUUCGUUAAGGAUCAUAAAUGUUCCUCCGCUGCCACCUUUACCCAGUGAACAACCAACACAAGCAGAACUUAAAUAGCUUUAUCUUUCCAGUACUACACGUUUUUUCUUCUAUUAAGUCCCUAAAUACAUUUUUCCCUAGUGCAGUUUCUUAAGACAGACGAAACUAACCUCGUUUUUUCCCAUCUUUUCAUCCGUGUGUCUUCGCUAACUAUUCCACAGUGCUCUGAAUGUUAAAGAUCAUACCAGUACCGGAGUUAAAAAAAUACAAAAACAGGCCUAAACUCGGAUAAAUAAUGUGCGCCUAAAGAACAGUGUGGAAAGCGAGGGUUUAAAGGGAGAGAGUGGAUGCUGGUACCCUUACGUCCCCAUGAAGAUUAUUAUGUCCAAUGUCCCGACGCACCUCAGGCCACCUGCCGAAUACUAAGGCUUGCUGUGUCUCCAAAGGGUCAUCAUGUCAAUCCACGACCUGCCAUUUGAGACACUGGUCAACCUCUUCAAAUACCUUGGAGUGAGUGACUUGCUGGCAGUCUCGUGUGUCUCGCGGCUAUGGAGGGAUGCGGCGGCCAUCCUGCUGGCGGGGCGGGUCACUAUCAUGGUCACGGAUGAUGCCGCACCUGCCGUUGAGACCUUCCAGGCCUCUGCCAUACCGUACCGCAACUGGGUGUUCAAGGAAGUUGACCUUACCCUGAAAGGCUCAUUUGGUGAGCUGUGGGAGAAGGUCUCCUCUGAUGUGCAAACUCUGAGGCUGUGGGGUGUGGGGAUCAGCCAGAAGGACUUUGUGUACUUGAUGCAGCAAUGUAGUGCCCUAGAAGACCUGUGGCUAGAUGACAUGACGCACCUCCUUAUGCCAGAUGUUUCAGGUAAUCUUCUCAGCAACCCUGAAGACAUUAAGGUACUGUCUACUUCCCUACGCAACGUGACUCGGCUUCACCUGGCAUGUUCCCGCUACCUCACCGACACUCUCUUCAGCCGCAUCAUCUCUGUUGUGGGCCCGCUGAGGAAGCUGUCCCUGGCUGGUUGUCACAUCACCUUCCAUGAGGCCAUCCACAAGAGGUUCUACCCUGAGGAUGGCAGAGUGGCAGUCUCAGACCAUGUUCUGACCUUCAAGCACAUACUGAAAUAUAUAGAGGAGAAAGCCACCACCCUGAAGGAGAUCAGUCUUGGCCGCACACUGGUCGACAGUGAGAGCUUGUACAAUCUGGCCAUCGUGCCCAAUCUACAGCUGGAGUCCGUGCAUCUAAUGUCCUGUGAACAGCUGACCAAGAGUGGAAUCCAGCUCCUGUGUGAGAACCAGAAGACCAUCACAGAUUUGGAUCUCAGCUUGUGUUCACGCAUCACAGACUAUGCUGUGCUGGCCAUCUGCCAACACCUGCCUCGCCUCAAGAAACUCAACUUGCGCAGAUGUCGAGGCAUCACAGAGAAUGGCAUCAAAGUCCUUGGUCAGUUGAAGUAUUUGGAGGAAUUAAACAUUUCUCACCUGGAGGCUGUCAACUCAGCAUGUGUGGAGGAGGCCAUUGGUAAAGAGGAGCGUCCAACUCUUAGACUCCUGAACUUGGCAUCAUUGUCUCUUGAGUGGAAGGUUGUUGCCAGCCUAGCCACGGUGGCUCCUAACUUGACACACCUUGAUGUAUCCAUGUGUGUCUCAGGUGUAAAUGACAGAAGUAUACAGGCCUUGUGUAAAUCCCUGAUGAAGCUUCAGAUCCUCAACAUGAAUGGCUGCACAGUAGUGUCAGACAUUGGCCUGGCUGGGCAUGGGCUGGGCCAAGCCGAGCCAUCUAUGGAAAGCACGACAAACCUGUCACUUGAGAGCCUAGGCCUCAGGGAGCCAGACCCUCUCAGGGUCCAGCUGGGGCUGAAAGCAGAAAAGACCAUCCGUCAAGAAGCUGAAGUCACCAAAUAUUUAAGUGAAAAUAUUCAGCAGGUUGCCAUUGCAACUGAAUUUGGUUUAUCAAAUCUUAAGGGUCUGCGGGAACUCAACUUGUGUGGGUGUAAAAGGCUGACAAACAUCACUCUGGUCCAUGCCCUCAGGUUCCAAGAGCUGCGCUACCUCAACCUUUCGUACUGCCAGGGGAUGGGGGAGUCAGGCCUGCAGUGCAUGGCCCAGAACUGUCCGAGUCUGGAGGUGCUGAUGCUGGCUGAGUGUGGCCAGACGAGUGACCAGGUGGUUCUUGUCAUCACUCACUUCCUGAAACGCAUCAAGACACUGGAUCUGCAGGGCUGCACCAAGCUGACAGACGAUGCACUGGACAGCCUAAGCAGCUGCCUCACCCUGCAGUACCUGGACGUGAGUAACUGCUUCAGGAUGAGCCUGGAGAAGGUGAGGGUGGUGCAGGAGAGGAACCCACGCCUUCUCAACCUGCACUACCGAGGCAUCAAGGAGAAGAUCCCCGAGGAACAGCUUGGUGAGGAGCUCCAUGCACGCAGGUCACCCUCUCGCAUCCCCCCACCACCCCCACUCCUCUCCAAGCUGAAAAAGAAAGCUCUACGUAGAUAGUGCUGCUCCUUAUUAGGCACUGUUGUUCAAGUAUUCUUUGUUUGUUUGUGGUAAUGAUUUUUUCUACAUGCUGUGCAGAGUAUGGCAAGUUACCUGUGUGUGUUAGGCAUAUACUGUGAUUUGAUCCUUUCAGUAUUGUUUGAGUGGCAGUUGUGUUUUCUCCUUUUAAAGCUUCAGUUGUUUAAGCUUUUUCAGAUGCAGUGUUUGGUGCCUGGAAUUAGUAGGGAAGUAAAAAAUGUCAAAAGGAGUGUGGCUUAUUUGGUACAGUUUUUUUAAGUCUUUUAUCUUCAAGUAUUAUUACUCAAAACUAAUAAUUUUAUUUGACAGAAUAAUUUCAUGAUAAAUUGUUGCCAAAAAAUAUAAUUCAGUUGAAAGAGUAACAUGUUGAAAAUUUUGAAAGACUUCCGUGUCCAUAAUUACAGGCCUGUUUACACAUGUGUAUUUUCUUGAUUUUCAGUUAAUUUUUCCACUAACAUUAGUUGAUUUAUUAAAGCAUCCUUAACCAGUUAAUAACAAGAGCAGGAAACUUAUAGUUUAAAUGUAUGAGCUUUUAGAGUAUGUUGUGUUGAAAUUAUUUGGAAAGAAUAAUCAUUUCAUAUCUUGAAGGUCCUGAAACAGACAGCUGAAAAUGGUGACGAACGAAUAAGAAGAAAUUUCCGAACAGAACAGGAACAGAACAUUCCAUCAUCUUCAAAUGAAGUACAAGCUUCCAAGUGAGAAUGGUGUAUGAGGACAUACAUGUAUAACAGAUGAAGUAUAAAACCAAUUUCUGUUAUGUAAUUUUAGAACAAAGUUGACCGAGUGUUAUGAUAAUGUUGAAGUUUGUCCCGAGCAGCAGAGGGUUCCACACUGUAGCAUUUCAAGGGAACUAUCUGUUUUAGUAGACUUGUAGAGGAACAAAAGAAGAAUCCCUGCUAUACUGAAGGAAUAUCAUUGGUGAGAGGAUGAUUCUCUUGGUUGAAUGUUUUGUUUCCAGAACUUUAUUACUCAAAUGUUGUACUGUACACACACAUUUAUUAACAGAGGAUCAUAUGUUUUUAAUAAGGUACCUAUGUAUCUGACUUAGAGGUAAGGUGAUGGCCUGGCUGCACACUGUGGCUGGGUGGGAGGAAUACUGCCAUUGUAUUCCCUGUGUGCUUCUAAAGGCAAGUGAAAGGGACACUAUGAAGGGACUGGGAAAUUCCUCUACUGAAGUGUUAUGUAGACUGUCUUAGUUAUCCAUGUUUAAAGAGAAUAUCAGCCAGGUGUAUAAAUAAAUAAGUAGAAAAGUAAAGUGAAUUAUGUUUUGGGUAUAUGAAGAGCAAAGAAUUCAAAUUUAUUAGAAAAAAAUAGUAUGAUAUUGGAGGGAUACUUGUACGAGGCAAACAACAUAUAAGGCAUCUAUGACGACAGCCAGAAAAGCAGAAAAAAUAGUGUCUUUACUUGCCACACAUGGAUAUAUAUUAGUUUGAAUUCAGAGCAUUUUUUUCCUCUCUGGGAAUAGAUAUAAAAACAUCUUUCUUCUCUUCAGCUUUCCCUUGUCCAUAUAUACAUUCCAAGCAUCCCAGAGAGUAAGAGAGCACUUGUAAUGUACUGUAAACUGAUACUGUUAUAAGGAAGGAAGGCAAAGAAAAGACAAACUGUAAUGAGAGGAAGCAUACCAAUACUGGCAGAAUAAGAUGAAUAGAAGAUUGAAACAGUAGGAGAGUUAAUUUUGGAAAGUGAAAAGGAAUGUGGUUAAACCAUUAAUGAGAGAUGGAGAAAAUAUAUUGAAAAUAGGAUGAAUAAUAUGCCAUUUCAAAAAGAGUGAACAAUGUGAGGAUAGAAAGUGAUACUAAUAUGAAUGGAAAGAUGCAAGAAGGUAGAAUUACAAUGAAAAGAAAGUGCAAUAAGCUUUUAGUCUGACAAAUUUAAGUAAUGAGAGAAGCUGUGAUAAACUGUGAAAUCUGGGAAGGGACUAAAGGUGUGAGGGUUGAAGAAUGUAAAGAAAUACUGUAAAUAGAGGUGGCAUAUUGAGUGACCUGAGUAGAAUUAGUGGGGGAAGUCAGCAAGGCUAGAUAGGAUGACAUCAGAAUAGCAUAAAAAGAGAUUAUAUUGUAAAAUGGUUAGUUUAAUUAUUCUGUGUAUGCUAAGACCAGGAUGUGAUAUUUAGAGACUGGCAGAAGGCAUGUAUUGUAUCAAUGUAUACAGGCAAAGAAAAAAAUGCAUUGUAAAAUAAUUAUAUGGGAAUAUGUUAAGUUACAACAAACUAUGGAAGGGUUCUAUAAAAAAAAAUAUGAAGAUGAAUAGAGAAGCACUUUAGCAUAGGUUAGUCUAAGAUGGAGGUGAGUCAUUUCUCUGUGGUAAUUGAUCUUUAUGGAUGUGAAAGGUAGGAUUAAGGAACAAGGAGUUUGAAUGUUGUAUGGGAUCAGAGACCAAGGGAAAUGACUCACUUGUUAUGUAUAAUGCAGUUCUUGUUGAAGACAGAAGGGAGAAACUGCAGUCUAGUCACAUAUCUGGGAGGUGAAAGCAGCAAAGAGCAGAUAUGAGAUGUAGCAGAAAAAGGAGUAAGAGGUGCUGAUAUAAUUCUGAAUGGUGGGAGAAGGAACUAUUAAGAUUUUAGGAGUGCUGAGAGGAGUUUGGAGUGAGAAAUUUCUGCCUGUGAAAGCAAUAAUUGGAAUGUUUGAGAGAAUUAUGGUGUCUAGGGUUUUGUAUGGCUGAGACAUGAGUGCUUCAGAUGAGAUCAAGGAAAAAUUGAGGUGCUGGAAAUUAAAUGCUUCAGAAAACUGUCUGGUGGAAGAUUGUUUGGUAGGGUGUGGAACAAACAAAUUACUAUAUUUUCCUGGACAGAGCAGACCAGAGAGUGCUAAAGUGAUGUUAUAUAGAAAGAAAUGAAGAGAAAAGAAUGAUUAAGAUAGCAUAUAGAUCCUAAGUAGAAAAGAUGUCAGAGUGAGGGGAAGACCAUGAAGGGGAUGGAGGGAUGGAGUCAAGGUAUUAGAGUUGUAGAGACCUGAAUAGUGAGUGUGUUUGGGACAGAGAUUUGAUGUGAUGUGAGUAUAUUUUAGAAAUUUAGAACAUUUGUUAGGUUUCUACUAGGUAAGUAGAGGCUGUGUAAGGGAUUAAGAUGAAUGAUUUUUAAAUGUCCCUAGGCAUUUUCUGCUUUCACUGUGUGUUACCCAACUUGUUUAGAAGAAUGCCAGUUAAUUGAAAAAACUGUUCAUUCAAGACACACAAAGUAACAUCCAAACUGAAUGGUGGGUGAAUGGUAAGCUUACAGAAUGCAGUUACAAUUUCCUUGAUUUCAGGGGUAAGACUGUUAUUGCAGCUGUUUUCUACCCUGUAGCAGCUGUGUGGUGGCUGUGUGUAGGUUACAGUGAGACACCUGCUGUGGUAUAGAUAUCCACUGUUGAACAGAUUAUGUUAAUGUUGACCAGUCAUGACAUUAAGAAUAGUUGUGUGUUUUGUGAACUUUGGUGUAUUAAAUAUAUGUGGGAGUAGAGAGAAAAGGGGAAAGAAAAAGUGGAUAUGAUUUUUGUAGAUAAUUCAUGAACAAAUGAGUCAGGUGGAAAAAAUGAGCAUGUAAAUUAAUCACAUUAAUUAAUGCUCAGAAAAAAACACUUCUGAGCAUUACAGCAUCAGUGUGCCACAUCUUGUUAUGUAAAUAAAUUCCUUUGUUAAUAUAUUCAAAUAUAUACUAAUAUAUUUUGGAAUUGGAGAGUUCAAAAUAAAUAUUUUAAAACAGUUUAAAA